AUGACCAACCUGUUGAAGGCCAUGGCGAACCUCAUGAAAAAGUUUAAGCGGAAGCGCAGACUUUCGUCCGAGUUGCAUUCUCGCUGGGGCGACCCUUCCAUCAGUUAUCCCACUGAAGGCUCAUGGAACCAAAGAGAUCAAAACUCUGGGCUUCCUUCCACAACUCACGCAGAGCCAUGUCAUCGAAGCCAGCCCGAUGAGUCCCGGCGCUAUAUAUCGAUAGGUGAUGUGCCAGCACACAAUAUAGGUCGGCCGAAUGACCUCGGUCCUCACAGUAUCAACACGCGGGACACGAGCGCCGGUCUGCCGAUUCCAAAGGGAUACUUCGACGAGAACAUACGGCGUCAAGCAGAGAGAGGCCGCAGACCACGCGCUCGAGGCCUCGGGAUUGAUAGUACAAGACAAGGAGUGGGCGAAACACAAGAUAACCUGGACGACGAGUCAUGCGACGAAGAAGACGAAGAGAGGGACAGAGUGGGCGAUCCGGGAGACGCACGACACCGCGGGUAUGCAGAAAUAUCACGCCCAUCACCCCAACUUGACUGCGACUCAUAUAUUGACCGGUCCUCAAGAUCGCCUCCAUUAUCAGUAACGGCACGCAUGCGCCGAAUCAGCACGCAAAGCUCGACGACCGAGCCCGAGUGUUCGGUCGCUGGAACGACCAGCUCAAAACAUACGAGCUAUACGGCCGCAUCGUCUGUUUCGGCGCCAUCGCUUCCCCCGGAUACACCGCGGUAUGCAUUCAACAGUAUGCAUCCUGCAUCGGAUAAGCGACAUGCUCCCCGCCCGCGGUACCAGGAGCCCGAGCCUGCGGUUCAUCAUGAGAUGGUGCCGUCCUAUGAUGAACUCUAUGGGUGA